UGGCUACGGUGGGUGAGAAAGUUUGCCAAGUGGGGCGGGCGGCGGGUCGGGCCCCGCCGAAGAAAAAAAGCAUCGAGGCGUAGUCGGCGUCGGUUGAAGGGCGGUCGGAGUAAGGUGUGUUAGGACCGCGGCUGUUUGUGGAACAUGCCGAGCCGUGCCGUAGUCGAGCUGACGGCGGCGCCCCGUCUGUUGUGUUCCGAGCCGUCCACGUAGCGCAUCGGCGGGAUGACGACACAGGACACCUCUGCUGCGCGACGCACCGCUGUCAGCGGUUGAUCGGCGUCGUCAUGGGCCUGGCACUGCGUAAUGUGAUAAUCGCAAUCGCCCUCGCAGCCCUGCUGCCGUGUACGACCGGAUACGAUGUGUUUUUUUACAAGCCAGGCUUCUACGACCGCAAGUACGGCAGUUUCCCGGAGGAGCUACGUCUCAGCAUGGUCGAGGAGGCCAAGCGUAUGUUCCAGUUCGGCUACGACAGUUACAUGAAGUACGCGUUCCCGAAAGACGAACUGAACCCUAUAUACUGCACAGGCCGUGGCCCCGACUACGAUAACCCUUCAAACAUCAACAUCAACGACGUUCUCGGCGACUACUCGCUCACUCUGGUCGACUCACUCGACACGCUGGCCGUGAUGGGAAACGCGAGCGAGUUCAGAAACGCGGUGCGGCUUAUCCUCGAUCACGUCUCCUUCGACAAGGACAACGUGGUGCAGGUGUUCGAGGCCAACAUUCGGUUGCUGGGCGCGCUGCUGUCGGCCCACUUGCUCAUCACGGACCAAGAGCAGCCGUUCGGCGACCUGCGGCCCCCGGGCUACCGGGACGAGCUGCUGCAGCUGUCCAGGGACCUCGCGUCGCGACUGCUGCCGGCGUUCGACAACACGCGCACGGGCAUCCCCUAUCCGCGGGUCAACCUGCGGCGCGGCGUCCCGCGUGGUGUCUCCACGCACACGUGCACGGCCGGUGCGGGCUCGCUGCUGCUCGAGUUUGGCGUGCUGAGCCGGCUGCUGGACGACGGCGCGUACGAGGAGGCAGCACGGCGCGCCACGCGAGCCCUAUGGCAGCUGAGGGCCAAGGACACCGGGCUCAUGGGCAACAUCGUGGACGUCAACACGGGCGAGUGGAUCGGCAAGAUGAGUGGCAUCGGCGCUGGCCUCGACUCCUUCUACGAGUACCUGCUCAAGACUUACAUCCUGUUCGGCGAUAUCGAGGACUUCCGCAUGUUCAACGAGAGCUACAGCGUCAUCAAGCAAUACAUGCGCAAGGGGCGGGUCUCGUGUAACGAGGGUUGUGGGGAACACCCACUCUAUGUCAAUGUCAACAUGCAGGAUGGCUCUACGUCGACACUUUGGAUUGAUUCCUUGCAGGCCUCAUUCUCUGGCAUCCAAGUUCUGCUCGGGGACAUUGAGGAGGCCAUAUGCAGCCAUGCACUCUUCUAUGCCAUUUGGAGGCGGUUUGGUGCGUUGCCAGAACGUUUCAACUGGCAGAAGGCCUUGCCCGAUUUGUCCUUCUAUCCUCUAAGACCUGAACUUAUUGAAUCUACAUACCUGUUGUAUCGAGCCACCAAAAACCCAUUUUACCUCCACGUUGGCCGAGACAUUCUGCAGAGCCUAAACAAUCACACCAAAGCGCCAUGUGGCUAUGCCACCAUACACAAUGUGCAGGACAAGUCUCUGGAAGACCGUAUGGAAAGUUUCUUUCUGAGUGAAACCUGCAAGUACCUCUACCUGCUGUUUGACAUUGACAAUCCCUUAAACAAGCACUUUGCCAAGUACAUCUUUACUACAGAGGGGCACAUUCUGCCCAUUACUCGCCUUCUGAGGAUGUCUCCUCCAGCAAGAAUGAGUGUGCCCACUGCAGUUAGCCCUAUUGGUGAUGGUGUGCAAACUGUGGCGACUUUAGUGUCUAGAGUCCUAAAUGAGACAGAUCGUCACUGUGACAAAGUGCCUGAAGAAAGGCAGUACUUAUUGCCUCUAAAACAUAACUAUCUCCAACAAAUUAGCCAGUCUUUGGGCCUCGAUGGAGACAUUGUUUGAAAAAUUUCUCAUACUGAUGCAGAUUCGUAUUUCUCCACUGGCUCUAGGUUACAGGCUAGAGUGACACUGUUAACACCAAGUGGAACCCUUGUUGACAUCAAGUUAGUGGACUUGCCUGGUAAAUUGCAUGUGAUUACUUGCAGUGCGUAAGUUGCUUAAGUGUGCACUGCCACAGCACAUUCAAGCAACACGUGUUAUUCAACUCCUGGCAUCAGCACAAGUGGUGUCUGGAUUCUUUGGCACAUUUACAAGAAAGUAUUUUGUUGUACAGACCAUUCUGUCAAAAUUUUAUGUGCACUGAUGUAAGUACAGUUUGCACAAGGAAGGUACUGCAGGAUAUUGCUCAAACUUAAAGGAGAGAUCCCUUAUUUAAGGUAGCAAAGUGGGACCACUAAAAUCCUGAUGCAAAUACCUACCCAAUCAUCCAGAGCAUGUGCUUUCUUGUACUAGGUUGCCAUAUUUUAUUUUAAUCAGCCUAAAUGAAGUAAUUUUUGUGCUUAAUACUUUAAUAAAAUCCAGCAGUGCUCAGGGA